AUGGCCGAGGCGACACCAACACAAGCGCCGCCGCUCGUGACACCUCCCGUCCAUGGCAAGACGCCCAACGGCAACACCGCCCAGAACCUCGAGACCAACGGCGCCGCCUCCGCCCCCGCGCAAACGGACGAAUCUCCCACCAACACCCAGCACCAAGACAGCCAACCCAGUGGCACCUCCAAAGAGGACAGGCAGCCGACCAAGUCGUCACGGCGGCCGCGCGGCGGCUUUGACCCGACCAAGCUCCCCGACGUGCCCCCCGGCUACACGGUGCGCUUCACGUUCCACUCGGCCUCCAACCUCGCUCCCGGCGACUUGCACACGGCCUCGUCCGACCCGUUUCUGCACGCGACGCUCAAAGUUGCCGGCCUGAAGCGGCACAAGGAGGACCCGGACCUGACGCACCGCACGCGCACCGUGCGCCGCACCCUCGCGCCCGUCUGGGACGAGACGUGGACCGUCGCCAACGUGCCCCCGUCCGGCUUCACCCUCAAGUGCCGCUUGUACGACGAAGAUUCGCCCGACAAGAAUGACCGCCUGGGAAACGUCACGGUCCGCGUCCCGCACCUGUUUGAGGACUGGGAGGGCAUACCCCCGCCGGGACGCACCUUUGAGGGCAAGAAGCGCGUCAUCAGCAAGCGUGCGUACCUGUUGAAGGCCAUCACGGACAUGUUCCAUGGCGGCGGGCACAAGAUGGCGCCGCUGUUGCAGAUCAGCAUCGAGCUUCUGGGGAAAUCGGAACCCCCGCACGGGCAAAUGUACACGGUCGGCCCGGCGAGCUGGGUGCAGCACUUUAGUCCCAUGAUUGGGCGACUGGCGGGCACAAAGGUGGACAAUGACAAGGACGGCGAUGCCGCCGGGGAGUCGUCCCGGGGUAAACAACCACAGACCAACGGGGAAAGCUCGAGCGCGGGCAAGCAGGCCGGCAAGAAUCAGCGUUACGAGUUCAGCGCCAACGAGAUGCAGCUCGUCGGGCCUAUUCCGCCCAAAAUGUACCACCGCUUCGUCGCGUUCCGCCCCAUCAUCGGCUCCAUGUUCAUGUCGACCGGCCUGCGCGGCAAGAUUCUCAACACGGCGCUGCACAAGCAGCACAAUCGCAUCUACAACUACGACCGCAGCACAGCCUACGGCGACAUCGAAGGCUGCACCCCCGCCGCCACCCGUCAGUUUCUCAAAAUGGCCCGCUACGACGAGGGCGGCCGCGUCUACACCUACGUCCUGACCCUGGACUCCCUCUUUCGCUUCACCGAGACGGGCAAGGAAUUCGGAAUCGACCUCCUCAGCAAGCACACGAUGCACUCGGACGUCGAGACCUACAUUGCCUACUCUGGGGAAUUCUUCCUCCGCCGGCUGGAGCGCCCGACCGCCUCCGACGACGCCGCUCCCGCGGACCGCACGCACCCCGACGACGAGCACGUUCCCGGGGGGCCGCCCGAGGAGGCGCCCCCGCGCGACCCCGAGUACUACCAGCUCAUCAUCGACAAUGACUCGGGCACCUACCGCCCGGACAAGUCAGCGCUCCCGGACCUCAAGGCCUUUUUUGAGCGCAACCUGCCCGGGCUCGGUGUCGUCGCCAUGCACUGGGAGGACGAGAAGCUGCAGGCCAUGAAGGACGCGCAGCACAAGGCCAAGAAGAAUGAGGGCCAGGUACUGCGGGGCGUCCUGAACCGGAGCAUGAGCAGCAUCAGCUCAGCGGAGAGCGAGUUGGAGGACAGGCAGGACAACUGGGACGCGGCCAAGAGCAAGCGCGAAACGGUGUUGGAGGCACUGGAGCAGCCGGGCACGGUCAAGGACAAGGUUAAGCAUGCCCUACACUAA